AUGAAAGGACAAGCGGCAACAACCCUUGGCCCUAGCCCCAUAUCCAAGUGGGCAGAAAUUAGUAACCUGAUGAAGAAAAACAGAAUAGGGGUCCUUGCGCUACAAGAAACUCAUCUGAUGGAUAAGCAUCUCGAUGAAAUCCACAAACUACAUGGCCGACAAAUAUUAGUGUUAAACUCUAGCAUGGGGACAAACAUGGGAGGAGUCGCAUUCGUAUUAAACAGAGAAAUAACAAACACACAGAACAUAGAAAUGACGACAAUUGUACCAGGUCAGGCACUACUAAUAACCCUAAUGUGGCAUCAGACUAGUAAAGUCACCUUGCUAAACAUAUACGCACCUAAUGACUAUGAGUCACAUCCGCUCUUCUGGGACACUAUCCGCACGCAAAUAUUGAACACAAAUGCAAGACCAGACAUAAUGCUGGGGGACUUCAACCUAGUAGAAGACCCAAUUGACCGGGCCCCAGCGAGACCGGACAGCGAAGAGGCAACAACAGCCCUAAGAAAACUGAGGUCUGCUCUGAAUCUCCAAGAUGAAUGGCAACAUACCUUUCCCACUACUAGGCAAUUCACUUUCAGGUCCCACACAGAAACCAUGUCGCGACUCGACAGGAUAUAUGCUGAGACUUCACACCAAACCUACCUUUUCCAAUGGUCAUCCGGACUAACCAACGUCCCAACUGACCACGAUAUGGUCUCAAUAAAUAGCCUGAAAAAAGAUCUAGCAACAGCGGCAAAUGAAUCAAAUAUAGACACAAACCUGGGCGCCCGCAUGAAUGAAGCCAUACUACAUAGUGAACUUGACUACCUUGAAAAGAAGAGACGGUCCAAUGCGCGAAGUAAAGCACAAGCGCAAUGGUCGUACAAAGGCGAAACUAUAAGCAAGUAUUGGUCCAAAAUCAACAGCGCCAAGAAGCCGAGGGAAAUCAUUCAAAGACUGCACAUACCAAACUCAUCACCACCCAAGUACACAUCCAACAGCAUUGAAAUGGUGGACAUAGUAAGGAAUUACCACAACAAGAUACAAAACAACCCCCAAACAAGCCAGCAAAUGCAAACUGAUAAUGACAGGAUAUGCCAGGACGUACUUCGGGAGAUACCAGAAACACAAAAACUCCAAAAUGCUGAAAACUCCCCUUUGAACAACCUCGUGUCCAAACAGGAGGUAGAGAGAGCAAUACAAGCAGCAAAGACUGGGAGCGUAGCAGGGAUGGACAGAAUACCCUAUGAACUCUGGAAAGCGUUGGCAAUAAGGCACAAGGCAACACAGAAUAAGAACAAAGAAGUGCCCUCGUUUAAUAUAGUGCAAACACUCACCAUUGUAUACUGA